AUGACGUUGCCGUUGAUUUCCAUCUUUUCUGAACGCGUAACGUCAUCGUCACUCUCCGUUUUGCGCCCGCUCGGUGCUGCACAAAUCAGCUAUCUUUAUAGCAACGAACUCGCUUCGCUCCCCGCGGGGCUUUUCGACGGAAACGAUGGGCUGCGCAACAUCUAUCUGAAUGGCAACCAGCUGGAUUCUCUCCCCGUGGAGCUUCUGGACGGUUUGGGUUCUCUAAGAAACCUCUAUCUGCAUGGCAACCAGCUCGCUUCGCUCCCCGCGGGGCUCCUGGACGGUCUGGACGCGCUUCAACUUCUGUCACCUCUUCUCACGGACGACAGCCUGUUCCUCCCAGAUGGUUUUGAGGAUGGCGGCAUAUGCUCUUGCCCUGAGGAGGACGGUGCGUGUGAAUCUGACGAAUCUUGCGCUCCUGGCACAGACGGCUACACCUGCAGCACUGAUGGCGGUGGGGACGACGAGCUCUCCGCCGCCGUGGUUGCGGAGGCGGAUGAGGAGGCAGACACGCAGGAGGGGAAUGUGGCCGCAGGGACCGGCGCUUUCUUCCGCUCGGGUGGCCUCUUCGCCGCCGCCGCCACCGCCGUUGCCGCUGCCAGCUUCGCCACGCAGCUGCUGGCCGGACAAUGA